AUGGUUCUGGGGGCUCCUGCUGCCCACCCGUCAGGUCGUGGCAGGGGCCUGGGCACUGAGCUGGAGGCGGUGGUGACAAGGGAGGAGUGGAGGUUGGAGACCGCUUCAGAUAGAAGUGGGAAGUCCUUUCUCCCCCAGCAUGAGAUUGUCUCUCUGAUCUGCACCUUUUACCAGAACAAGACUUUGUGGAAGUGCUUGGCACUUAAGCUGCCUCGACCCUCUUUCACAGGCAUCGACUACAAGACCACCACCAUCCUGCUGGACGGCCGGCGGGUGAAGCUGCAGCUCUGGGACACAUCGGGUCAGGGAAGAUUUUGCACCAUAUUCCGCUCUUAUUCUCGUGGCGCACAGGGUGUGAUCCUGGUGUACGACAUCGCAAACCGCUGGUCCUUUGAUGGCAUCGACCGGUGGAUUAAGGAGAUCAAUGAGCAUGCCCCGGGGGUCCCUAAGAUCCUGGUGGGGAACCGCCUGCACCUGGCCUUCAAGCGGCAGGUCCCCACGGAGCAGGCCCAGGCCUACGCAGCAGGGUUUUCUUUUCUCUCCCAAGUACUGAGCUUGCAGGACCUGUGCUGCCGGGCAGUGGUGUCCUGCACGCCUGUGCACUUGGUGGACAGGCUGCCGCUGCCCACGGCCCUCAGGAGCCACCUCAAGUCCUUCUCGAUGGCCACCGGCCUGAACGCCAGGAUGGUGCAUGGCCGCCCCUGCUCCCUUGCCACCAGCUCCGGCCACAAGAGGACCAGCCUCCGAAAAGCAAAGGGCACCCACCUCCCCCAGAGCCCCCCCAGACGCUGCUCCAGAAACAACUGCAAAGUCUCUUGAGGAGGGUACAAGGCAGAGGAGGGGCACAGACAGGAGGGGGAGGCCACUCUGGAUCUAGACGCCCGCCAAUGUCAUGGUGACCACGUGGCCCCGAGCGAUGAAACUGAGGCUGGUACCCUGCUUACCAGAUACUUCUGCAUGGAUGGGCAUGGGCUCUUAUUUCAGACAUGUGUUUAUAAAGGGAAGAACUCUGGAUAACAUGGAAUUUUGAAUGUAACGUAUCAUGAUUGCAGUGCAACUUUUUUCUUAAAAUAACUACUUUUUAUAAGAAUGGUGAUAUGUUUGUGAUGAGUAUAAAUUCUAGGGACUACAAAAAGUGGGAAAGGAGAGAGAAGUUAAGAAUUUUCGACACUAUGAGGGGUCUUUUUAUAAACCUCCUUUUUAAUGUCAAAGCACUAAUUUAUAAAACACCAUAGAUAAGUUAGAGAUUACGCACAGCCAAUCUGUCCAGCUUGUGUAUGAAACGGAUUUGAUCAAGUUUUUGCUACGUUAUUUACUACGUUUUAGGAUAAGUGAUUUAUAUGCAUAUUUUCUGUAAAUCUACAUUUUUUUGUACAAAUGUUUUACGAGUUAUGAUGCUAAGGGAAGAAAAUGCCAAAGAUAUUUCUAGUUACAGCGAACACACUGCAGCACGGUUACACCAUGUCCAGACUGGCAAGAGAAUGUCACUCAGAGCCGUUUUCAGCUAAGAGUGAAGCGAACACUGUUGUUUAAGAAUCGAUGUUUCUUGACAAUAAAAAGUAUACUUGUUUCUUGGUA